UCUCCUCCGUCAUUACAAACAUUUUUUUUUCUUAUGCUUCUCGCUCUCCAUUGAUCUACCUAACAAUGGAGUUUCAACUGUGGAUCCCCAGUUAUAUGUAUUAAAAAUAAUGAGUACGUUGGUCCAGAUUCCCCAUGUCGAAGCAUUGAAGACCACAUAUUUAAUAUCGGUCGAUGUUUAUGACCCCAUCUCAACGCUAUAGAACCAUCGUGGAAUUUUCAGAUGCCAAUUUUUUAUUUUCUUAACCGUGUGGACAUGUUAACUUGCAGUCAAGCUCUUAAUAAAUAAUGUUAAUCCUAGAAGCAGGCGAUGAACAUUAAGUUCAAUUCUGUCCUCCGUUAUCACAAGACUUUCUUUUUUCUUAUUCUCCUCGCUCUCCAUUGGUCUAUCCAUCAAUGGAGUUCCAAAACAUUAUUGUACGGAAAAUUUCCGGUAUCCCCGGAGCAGUGCUCCAGGAGCAUUGAAAAUUUCUCACAUUUUUCAAGUUUUAUGUUUCUCUCUGUACUCCAUCUUGACCAACUUUUUUUUUCCUUGGCUUCCACCAACAAGCUUUUUUUCUUGAUCUGUCAUUGCUGUGGCUACCAAUGAAGUUCCAAAACAUUGUAGGGGCUGUUCUAAGGUUAAUCUUUGCUGCUGGAGGCCUGAUCUUACUGUUCCACGGAUCCUUCUCGAAGAUACAAUUUGAAGAUCACGCAAGCUUGAAAGGCACGUGUUUUAUCAUUCUCAGUCUUGGUGUUGGUUUCUUUGUGUAUAAGCCUCUGGAAUGUAAUGAUAUGUUUGAGAAGUUACGUACGAUGCAUUUCUUGGUGGGUGCCGUCGUGAAGUUACUUUUGCUGGGUUUAUUCUCUAUGGUGAUUUUCUUUACCAAGUAUCCCGGGCUCAAACUUCAUCAUUCAGAGGGAAAGAGAUCGCGGAAGGUAUAUGAUUUAUUGGGUGUUGGAUCGUUUUCUGUUUUUGCUUUGGUGAUAUCAUGGGAAAGGCGGCAUGGUGGUGGGGAAGGAUUCGGUGUCUUCGAAUAUAUGCUUGAGUUGACUAUGGAUGCUUCUAUGGAGAUUCCUGCUGGACAUGAGGAUGGAUCAGGACCAAAUCUUUGGUAUAUGGUUGGUGCUUAUGUUUAUUGUUUUUUGUUACUUAUCAUCAGAAGUUAUGGGAAUUCCUUGAGUAACUCUGCUGGUCAACAGGAUACUCUGUUGCUAGACCAAAAUGAGAAUUCCUUGAGUACUGAACAAGAAAUCAGAAGUUAUGGGAAUUCCUUGGAUAACUCUGUUGGUCAACAGGAUACUCUGUUGCGAGACCAAAAUGGGAAUUCCUCGAGUACUGAACAAGAAAUCAGUGACCUGGAGUUAGGGUUGAGGAAUAGAAGGAGGUUGCAAGAAGAAAAUUAUCAGCUAAUAUCUGAUCAUAGGAAUUCCUUGAGUAACUCUGUUGGUCAACAGGAUACUCUGUUGCGAGACCAAAAUGGGAAUUCCUUGAGUACUGAACAAGAAAUCAGAAGUUAUGGGAAUUCCUUGAGUAACUCUGUUGGUCAACAGGAUACUCUGUUGCGAGACCAAACUGGGAAUUCCUUGAGUACUGAACAAGAAAUCAGUAACUUGGAGUUAGGGUUGAGGAAUAGGAGGAGGAAUAGGAGGAGUACUGGAAUAGGAGGAGUAGUGAACAAGAAAUCAGGAACUUGGAGUUAGGGUUGAGGAAUAGGAGGAGGUUGCAAGAACGAAUAAACAAAAGAGGACUACAAUAAAUGUUUAUUGAGUGUGAUAACAAGCAUUAUUGAAGUGUGAUUAUAUUAUGUGAAUGCAUGUUGAAGAACCUUGGGGAUGCUCUAAGUGGAGUUAUAUGAACACACUAGUAGAACGAACAUACAGAAGAGGAGCAUGCCUCUGGAGGAGACAUGCAUGGACAUCAGCUGAGCACGCCGAGACAUUUCUGGACCAACCGCCCCUUGGUGGGCUCAUUGCGGCAAUCCAAUCGGCAGCCGUCGUGAUUCAAACCUCUUAUCUACCUUUUUACAUCCAUAUUUAACCAAUUGCAUGAAGCCGAGAACAACAAUUUCCAUGGAAUUCCUGGACAAGAUGAUGACUGAGGACAAACUCUGGGAUACAAUUGGUGCUUACGUUUUUUGUUUUUUCGUUCGUUAUCAUCAGAAGCCACAAAAGCAGGGGUCCAUAAUUAUAUGGGAUCAUUGCACAUUAGCUUGAAGUCUUUGCAAAAUGUUUUUAAUUAUUAUAUUUCUUUACUACCAAAAAAAAGGCAUAGCCUGAGGGGUUUUCUUGGAUGAUUAUCAUUUUAAAUAAUGAGUUGUUUAGAAAACUAUU